CCUCGGUGCUCUUCAUGCGUAUACUCUCCAAGUACCACGUAAAUAAUCACCCGCUUCGAACAUGUGUCUAAAAUUCACAACUUUUCGAAGCAAACUGAAAUCUCUCACUUGCCAUUCCUCGAGAAGUCAGUCGCCGUCCUGUCUACAGGACGAGGAUGUAAAAGAAGAAUCAACACAAUGCGAAAGUGUUAGUGUUAGAGAGGUUCUCAAGGAGCAUGGCAGGGCCUCAAACACGGCAAUGUCUAUCAAAAUCAAAAAAGACGAGGAAAUUAGGAAAUCAGAAUCUGAACGGGAGAGAAGGAAA